UAGCAAUGAGUAUGACAUGAGGCCGGGCGACGUCCAUCGAUAAUCGUUACCCUUCUUGACCUGCCCGCUUUCGCGUAGAGAACGAUGAUGUAUACGCGCAUUACGAGAUGCGACCGAUCGCAUUCCUCUCCUUUCUCCCCUGGCUCCUCUCCUUAAGGGAGAAUAUAUUGCUGCCAAGAGGGAAAGAUUUGGUCUCGCUCGAGGUAAAGAAUUGCCGCCGCCUGUGCCUCUCUCUCUCUGCUCAAAUUCCCAUCGUUGUCGUUGAUCUCCAAGCGACACGGCCUGCUUCCGUGCAAACCAGUGGUGUUGGGAAAGGUCCGAGCGAGGAGCGCCAAGGUUUGCACUCGUCGACCCAUGCCCCAUGCGAAACGCAAACAUGAUGAGAUCGAUAUAUGUAAGCAAAAUCUCAGGUGGAGGGUGAAAGAGGAAUCAUACGGACUGGGGUUAUAUCAUCGUGCGCG